AAUCCGUAAGCGUUGAAAGCACUCUCAUUCAAACCAAUCGACGCUUGCACAAAGGUUAAAGCUAGAAAGGGCCCGGAUUUCAAGGUCACAUCACAUGACUUGGCGGUAGUCAGCCGCCAGGGGUCGGAGCUUCCAAGUGAGGUGAUCACGAGCCAAGCUCCGGCUUGAGCACGGGUCCCUGAAGAACGACGGUCAAUCGAAACAAUCAGGUAACUUUUGACUCCUCACUUUCCCGCAACUCCAUAAUUGGUUGUUUCUUUUCGACAUCAACAGGAGCCAGAACACGGCAUCGGUGCUCCAUUUUGUUUUCACGAUUCCAAAACGACUUUCUUCAAUACCGAUACGGUCCACUAUUUAAUCAAAUACCAACAAAGACUACCUACUUUAGCACAACAGUCACCAUGGUGUUCUUUCUUCUCAACUUGCUGACCUUUGGCCUGGCCUCGAAGCUUGGACGAGUUACUCAUUACGCGUUUGACGCCGUCCUUUUGUCGGCUUUCCUGGCAGGCAUGAAGCGAUCGACAGGCUUGACCUUCAAGACGGAUAGGCUUGCCGGAGAGAACAAGGAGCUGAACGGCUGGAUCCACAAGUACUUGGGCGUCGGCGAGUGGGUGCUGGAUCAGUCGGCCGCUGUAGCGGGUUCAAGUGGGUGGUUCGAGAGGCGGCAGUAGAAAGUCAUGCUCGAUUGGUUGGCAUAUUAUAAAGCAAACGUGCACGGCCGUUGUCGACCGUGUGAGAUGACUUAUGUACGGGCUUACCGGUUCGUCUGAUGUGUUUGUCGGGUUGGCGUUGUCGGCGUCUUUUGGGUUUACUCACUUCUCACAGGAUAUUUAACUGCGAGGCUUGAACUCCACUUGUUGUUGGUUCUUCUCGAUAUUGUUUUGUUCGCAGCGCGUCCGUUCGCGGGUGUGACGCAGUGGCUUUCAGGUCCCACCUCCCUGCCAACCCUCCCGCUCAUUUGUGACCAUCACACUUGUUGAUCAAAUCAUUGUCAAUAACCUGAUGCACGAAGGUCUAGCCUUAAGUUCUUCCAGUUGAUACUUGAGGUGGCCGCAAGCUCCGACUGCUUGUGUUUACGGGACCAGAUACUCAUUCUUCAUAUAUAUUACAAUAUUACAAUAUAUACAUAUGAGCUGCA